AUGGCCUCCUCAGUUGGUAACGCAACAGCUGAGACAGCCGUGUCUACGGACACGCAACGGACCCAGGCUCAACAUGGAGGAGAAAAGUCACGGACUCUUGAGAAGAGGCUGUUGGCUUCCUCAACCACAAACCAACCUACACAACAUGAAGCCACUAUGGAAGAAACUCUGGAUGAGGAAGUCGCCGCCGCCUCAAACACCAAGAGGGAGAUAAAAACUCUCAUAACACAGCUAACUAACUCUGCCAGAGGACUUAUACAAUGGGGCAGACACACGGGCAAAGUAUCAGCCAACACCUCGAAUAGAGGCACUCAAACAGAUCAGGAACCCCCUGAACUCCUCCCCACAACCAAAGAACACCCAAAGACCACAGAGGCGUUGCCAGGCACUCCACCAAAUGGUGUAAACCUAGGGCGAAGUCAUAGCAAAGCUGGUCAAAAAGAUAGACAAACAACCAGAAAAACCGCGGCAACAGCGCCAGAUGAAACCGUCCUUGAGACAAGAAGAGCAGAUCGAGCAGCACCAACAACAACCACUGACAGAUGCCCAAGACCCUCCCUAAGCGACCACGCCGAUAAUUGGGAGACAGUCUCGCGAAAGACCAAGAAAAGAAAACGCAGAGAACCAACAACUCGGAGCAGACCUGACACUAUCAUCGUAAAGGCAGACAACAUGUCGUACGCAGACAUGCUGAAAAAGAUAAGAACGAGCCGCGACAUGGAGGGAGUUGGUGGUACCAUACACUCAAUCACCAAAACAAGAGACGGCCACCUUAGACUAGUACUUAACCGAGACUCGGUAAAAUUCAAAAAUCUGCAGACAGCUAUCAAAACUACCAUCGGCAAUGAAGUCAGCUGCACUAGAUUAACUGACAUGGCAACAGUAGAAAUCAGAGAUGCAGAUGAAGAGGCAACAAACGAGGAAAUUAUACAAGCACUGGAAGCACAUACUAAGGGCCAAGGAACCGCCAGAGUGGUCAGUAAGAGAAGGACAAAUGGUGGUACCCUAGUUAUCACCGUCACAAUACCUACGACUGCGAUGAACUCGCUCCUGAAAACCCGCCUCAGAAUUGGUUUCGUGAACUGCAGAGUUAAGCGUAUGGUAGACGUCCAAAAGUGUUUCCGGUGCCAAGGGUUCGGCCACACAAGGCAGACCUGCACAAAUGAUGAACAAUCCGACCACUGUUGGAAGUGCGGUGAGGAAGGGCACAAGAGCUCAGAUUGCGUCGGAAAGGCUAGCUGUCUCCUCUGCAAGGAGGAUGAAUCAAGAGACCACCGCUUAGGUAUUGAAGAGGCAUCUGACUACAUACUCAUCACUGAGCCCCAUCACAUAGAGACUAACUGGCACAGUGACUUCUCAAACAAAGCUGCGAUAAUAAAUGCCAAACAAACAAGUGUUGACCAAAUAGGGGCGAAGGAACAGGGUUUCUGCUGGAUACAAUCUGGAGGCUUCCGACUGUACUCUUGUUAUUGCUCCCCUAACUCGAUCCAUCUUGAAUACAAAGACUUCAUACUGAGACUUGAACAAAGCAUCAGGUCAGCAAACUCCCAAGUGCUGGUAACGGGUGACUUUAAUGCCCACCACACAGACUGGGGCAGCAGCUCGAACAACAGGAGAGGUGAAUCUCUGGAAGACUCUGUAUGUGCACUAGGAUUAAUAAUCUGCAACUCAGGCAACACUCCUACUUUCUACAAUCGAAUCGGAUCAUCGAUAAUAGACCUUACGAUUGCCUCCCCAUCUUUGGUUAACAAAAUUGCCAGAUGGGAAGUCCUGGACACGAUCUCACUUAGCGACCACCGGUACAUCAGGUUCAAAAUCCAAAAUCAACCAUCAACCAUCUCCAAGAAUCCCCCACAAUGGAACUCCCGCAUAGUAGAAGCAAAGAAGCUGGAAGCGACCCUCAGGGAAGCGACACCGGACUUGGACACGACCGAUUGUGGAACAGAAGAGAAUGCUAGACUACUCACAUCCAAUAUCCAGAAAACCUGCAAAGGCAUAUCUCCGCCGCCUAGAGGUAGCCAUCGAAAAUCGGUAUACUGGUGGUCUCCCGAAAUUGGCUCCCUUCGUAAGACAGCAAACCACUUGCGCUGA